ACUGGACAUUUCCAUUUGGUUCUCUUCCAAAUAUCUCAAUCAUAACCCACUUCCACCACACAAACGCAACCCAACCCUCCCUCUCAUCCCCUCUCCAUCAAUCUGCAUCUCUUUUGCCACAUAGCAUUGACAUUGAUCACCGCCCUGUUCUUCAUCACAUGGCAGAGCUCCAUAGACCUCCACGCCCAUCAACCAUUUUUAUUCUCAUUUGUGAUUAAGACGCGGCACCAAUGGCGCCCAGCCACGAAGACACUAGUAGCUUAUAAUUGAUGAUGAUAGAUAAGAUAGCAAUUAUUGAUCAAUUGGCCCAUCUUGUUGGAACUGUAGCAUUUGUAUCAAAUCCAAGAUGAUAAGACAAAAUGAACCCUUUACCAGGAAAUGGGUCUUCCUUUCCUGCAUUCUUUGCUGCUGUAAUGUAGUGAGAUGUUAAUCAUGGAUUUCUCAUUUCUUCUCCAAGCUGUGAGGUAAGAACAUUGUGGCCGUGGGUGAACCCCGUUAAGCAUUUAAAGCUAUUGGAUUAGUAUCAAACUAAAGAUUAUAAGAUAAAAUGAACCUACUGAUAGGAAAUGGGAGUUGGGAGCUCUUUUCCUGCAAUUUCUGCUGCAGCUUCUGCAAGCUGCUAUGGCAUAGGAACACUGUGGGUGAAGCCCAUUAAGGGUCUACAAGCACAGCACAUGCUGGGUUUACAGAUUUGCCUAUUGCAAAGACAGAGCUAUUAAGCUGUGAGCACUUCUGCUUUUGAUGUCCCUUUCCCACACUACAUAUAGGGUAAAUAAAAUGGGGAAUGCAGGAACAGAGAAGAAGAGCACAAAUGAAUGGUGCACUGGGUAGUUGCAGCGUGUGAAGAAGAGGCAAGCUGCAGAUUCUUUGUGCUUAAAUUUUGGGCUGCGUAUGGUCAAAAUCUGAACACGAGGAAGUGGGUUCGCAAAAGUUUUGGUGUUAUCCUAGGAUAGUCCAUGCCCCUAAGAAGGCAAGAGGCAAGGGGACGGACCCAUAGCUUUUAUUAUUAUAGUGAAGUAAUAUUGAAGGAGAAGGCAAGAGAUUGUCCAGGCAUUUUUUUAUUUGAGUGUCUUGUCCCCAAAACACCCCCAUGUUGACAAGAUCAGUUUCCAUGUGCUGUUGAUUAGUUUAUGGCUCCCACAGUCUUUAUUACAAUAUUCAGAAAAUAUCUCUCUCUCUCUCUCUCUCUCUCUCUCUCUCUCUCUUCUUGCCCAAUGCUUUUUAAUUGAAAUGGCUCAAUCCCAUCUAUGAUUUUGUCUGCAGAUCAAGGGUGAAGUUCUGCCACGAGAUUAAAAAAACUCAACCCAUUAUCCCCACAAUACAAUCUCCAUCCGGGUAAUGGAAUUUUAAUGAAAAGAUUUGUGCUUCACUUGAGGGUUUGUUGAUUGGUUCUCCUCCCCUGUUCCUCUUUCUGGGGUUUUGGCGCUUGUCCCAAUGAAUUUUCAAUAAGCCCCAUUGGGCUCUGAGCUUUGUUUCUGGCUCUGUGUGCUCGUGGGGUUCUAUUCUUUUGCACAUCCGCAAGGACAUCUAAGGCAUCGUCUGUUAGUUUUGGAUCGCUGGGCCUGAUUCUUGAGAUGUGGUUGUGUUGGGAACCCAGCCAUGGUAUCAGCAGUCAGCACAACUCGCUACAGAGCAUGUCUUUUAUUGUUCUCUGUUUCAUGUCACCUUACCGUUGUAAUGUGUAGAUGAGGUUUUCAAUGCUUUUCUUUCAAUUUUGAUGCAUUUUUAGUAUAAAAUGGUGAUCGGUAGUGGGCUUUUUUGGUAGAUAGAUGUUGUAUACUUUCCUGUUUUAGGAAAAAAGAUGGAAUCUGGAAAUGGGUUUUACUCAAUUCAUGAGUUCCGUUUGGAUGCCAAAUGGCUUGUUGAUCCUAAGCACCUUUUUGUUGGACCGAGGAUUGGAGAGGGAGCUCAUGCCAAAGUGUACGAGGGAAAAUAUAAAAAUCAGAAUGUUGCAAUUAAAAUUGUUCACAGAGGAGAAACUCCGGAGGAGAUCGCCCGGAGGGAAACACGGUUUGCAAGAGAGGUUGCAAUGUUAUCCAGAGUUCAACAUAAAAAUUUAGUGAAGUUCAUUGGUGCCUGCAAGGAGCCUGUAAUGGUGAUUGUUACUGAGCUUUUGUUGGGAGGGACAUUGCGCAAAUAUUUGCUAAAUAUGCGACCAAGGUGCUUGGAGACACCAGUGGCAAUUGGAUUUGCACUCGAUAUUGCUCGUGCCAUGGAAUGCUUGCACUCUCAUGGGAUCAUACAUCGAGAUCUGAAACCUGAAAACUUGAUCUUGACUGCAGACCACAAAACAGUUAAACUAGCAGAUUUUGGUUUGGCAAGAGAGGAGUCACUAACAGAGAUGAUGACAGCUGAAACAGGAACAUACCGCUGGAUGGCUCCGGAGUUGUAUAGUACUGUUACACUGAGACAUGGAGAAAAGAAGCACUACAACCACAAAGUGGAUGCCUAUAGCUUUGCAAUUGUGUUGUGGGAGCUCUUGCACAAUAAACUGCCGUUUGAAGGCAUGUCAAAUCUGCAGGCUGCAUAUGCAGCUGCUUUCAAAAACGUGAGGCCUAGUGCUGAAGACCUCCCGGAGGAACUGGCCACAAUUCUAACUUCAUGUUGGAAGGAAGACCCAAAUGCCCGGCCUAACUUCGGCCAAAUAAUCCAAAUGCUCCUUCAUUAUCUUUCCACCAUUUCACCUCCAGAGCCUUUAAUACCUUCUCGGGUUUUCACAUCUAAGAACAGGGUUUUGCCGCCAGAGUCUCCUGGUACAAGCUCUCUGAUGGCUGUACAUGAUGAUUUGGGGGAAACCCCCAAAGUGAAGAUGGAAAACAAGCCAAGGGGCUUUUUCUUCUGCUUCAAUCAAUGCUAUUAAUCCUGAAUGAUAAUAGGAAAACAAAAAAUGUAACUUCUAUCAUUCCAAGGGAUCUUGAAAUGCUGCAGAUGAAGCAGAGUCAAAAGUAAUCCAACUGAUUCAUUUUGAUAAGCUGGUAAAUUUUUAAAUUAAUAUUUUCGCCAGUUCCCCAUGAUGGGUUGGUUGUCAGAUGAAAAUGCCCUCUUCUUUCUGCUGAUGCUGCUGAAUUCACUCUUUUGUAGGAUCUUAGUCCUAAUUACAUAGCUAUGAUAGGAAAUAAGUUUAGUUUGGAGUUGAGUCUGUAAUGAAGUUGCAUUCAAGUUGAAAGAUUGAGGCUCCAUCUCUAAAUGUGGUGAGAAAGCAAAAAAAUGAGCAAAAACAACUUAUUACAUCCACUCUCUCCGUGCAAGGCAAGCCAUUUCACCUGCAGUCAGUUAAACUCAUCCUAUGCCGAAGGAGUCAAUACUUUUGAUGCUGCUGUUGUAAAAUCAUUGAGGCUACAUUAAAUUGCUUCAUUUGAAUGGAAAUAGUUGUGGUUCAAAUCCAGAAUCCGAAGCACCAGAAGAAAAUAAUGUGGGAUAGUAAUGUAAUUUGGUUGGCAGUUUGAAUUGAAACUGAGAAAUGUAGCAAUUAAAUGGUCCAAUACAGAAAUUAAUUUAUGACUAA